UAUGGAGACGCAAUCAAAAUGGCGGCAUCGUCUGUAAACAAAUCUGGGAUGCACAACAUUCCCAGGCUUCACUCUGACAGCUCUCAAGCCAUGGUAGGAAAACUACUCCGUCGACCGCGGGCUUCCAAACGCCCUCAGGCAUCUCCAGAAAGGACAGAGGCCAAGAGCGUUGACGGAUAUCAGCUGGAUACUCUGAGACCUAUGACAAACUUAUCUGUAGCCGAGACGACGGGGAGGUGUUCACCUGGGCAAAGCGGAGUUCACAGUCUCGUGUCACCUCCCCCACCCUCUGAAGCCACCCAUAAGAAGAGAAGUAUCUGCUAUGAGUAUCAGGAUUUCUCUCGCUCAAUGCAGAGCAGGGGAGUAGCCUUUAUUACAAAGGAUGACAAGAAGUACGUGCUAGAUCCAGUGUACAGAGAGAAGACCCUGACAGCUGGGUCCUUAAGUCAGCGGGGGCCUCAGACGGCUGGGUCCAGAGUUGGGCCAGUGAGCAGGUGUAUACCACGGGGCCCUGCCCCUCUCAUUCCUAGGGAACCACGGAGAAGACCAGAAAUCGUGCGUGACUUUGCAGACUUGACAGACGAUGCCCGCUACAUCAGACCGCCGGAAUUCACACUGGAGAGUUUCCUGAUUGAUCUGCCGGAGAUACAAACAAUUCCCUUGAUGAAGGUUAAGAAAGCCAUGUACUCCAGACAUCACUAUAAGAAAAUCGUUGAUCUUUUGAGUAAGGAAAUACAGCCGAAGUGUCAACAGAUGAGCAAAGUGGACAUCAAGGCAGAAGAUCUUGAUAUUCCUCUUCAAGAGCCACGGAUACCUCAGAGGCAGUUACUAUUGGAGCUUGCAUCUGUUAUCAGACAGCAUGUACGAGAGACCAUGAACGCAGAGGUUAAAUCUGUCAUUAGGCCCCUCCCCAAAUAUGCGUGUGGUUUCCGACAUGGCAGCGCUCCUCACACAGAGAUCGUGCUGUACGAGGAAGAAAAACAGGACCAGUUUUCUGAGGAAUUGUCAAAUGAAGUACCAAACCACGACGCUGUGUUCUCAUUUCCGAGGUCGUCAUUUUUCCAAGGUUCAGCCAGAAGCCGUUCACCCUUUCAGGGCGACGCAGUUAUCUCCCCUGCAGAGGUGGCGAUUUUAGACUCUCUUGUCAGUGGUGGUACCGCUCUCAGCUUAAAGGCUCAUUUCGUGGGCCUAUUGCCAGAUGUCAGCCCCCUUGUGAACACACUGACAUACCUCAAUUUAUCCUUUAAUGAUUUCACAAAUCUACCUGAAGAAGUGCUGGACAUGUCUCAGCUAGAGGUGUUAAAGUUCCGGAAUAAUCCGAUAUCUCUCCUACCAAGAGGAAUUGAGAAGUUGUCUAAUCUGCAUGUUUUGGUAAUGAAUUUCUGCCAGUUAGAAAGCCUACCAAAUGAGCUGUGUACACUGAAGAAGUUAGAACACCUAAAUAUCGCUUUCAACAAACUCACUUCUUUGCCAUGUGGCAUGGGAAAUCUCAGCCAGCUCAGGGAGAUUGUGAUGGAGGGGAAUCAAGUCCCGGCCUUACCCUGGAGCAUCCUCAAGCUGAGGCGGCUUCGUGCAGUCAACGUCCGUAACAAUUUCAUGCACCCGCUGUUUUGGAAGGAUUACACGAAGGACUUCCCCCAGCGCUUGGUAGACUUGGCAGCCCUGGCUGUCCAUAAGCAUGACCUUCACAAAAACACUGACCAUUGUCCAGAUAGGGUCAAGGCUAUUCUUUCCAGACCUGGUAUAUGUGACUGCUGCAGUGGGGCUUUGUUUGGCCCUGGAAUGAGGAUAAUUCGACCUCUGAAUCAAUUCUGCGGCAUAAAACUCUUACCAUUCAUGUUUAUGGCGUGCACACCGCAGUGUAAAGCAGAGUUCAAGAAUCUAACUAGCACACUGACAGAAAUGCUCUAUGGAGUGGAUGCAAAGAAGGCUGAGAGCUAACAGCACCUUAAAGCAAUAUUGCUACUGGUUUAUUUGGUAUUUUGCAAGUUUAUUCAUUGUCGGUGCCUUAUCUUCAGACCUUACCUGAGCUUACCUUCCAGAAAAUCUGAUGGCCAUAAGUGCAUUUGAAGCGAUGAAAACCAGACUGUGAUAAAAAUGAAAUCGUGUUUUUCAUUAGCAUAUUUUAAUUCAUUUCUUUAUCUGUUUUCACAUGUGGAGAUUAUGUUAUAAACUACAGUAUGUAACACAAA